UGGGCCCGGGCUCGGGAUUACGGUUUCAUCAGCACUGGUGUUCCCACGCCGACUGAGGGACAAUUACUGUGAGCAGCCGACACACUGUGGCCACGCAGUCCCGGUCUCAGCCCCACGGGCCGUCACCGAGCCCCCGGGAGUGAGCGAAGGUGACCGCGCCAUUCCAUACGCUUGUUUUGAUUAUACAAGGACACACAGACACACACAGUUCGAGUCAAGAUGGAUUUGGUCAAUGGAAGAUACCAGUGAGUCAGUUGCUGGUUUAAACUUUCAGCAGCCCAAAAGGGGUUAGAAAUGACAAAGAAUUUGUGUAUGAGAAUUUCAAAUACAACGACGCGUCAGUUUUGCUGUCUCUGUCCAGAUAUUUAAGGAUUAACCAGAUAUUUCUUCAGAGGUCCUCCGUUGGCCUGGGUCCACCGUAGAUGUUGCAACCCAGCUGUCACACGAUACACAAGCCGGGGCAGUUCGAUAUGGAGAGCAGGCUGUUGCCGAUGUAGCAGGCUCCCCUUCUCCACAGAGCCGAUGAACCCAAAGGAACGACGGAAAGCGAUACAGUUUGGCAGUGGAUGCAUCACAGGAGUUGCCAGUCACCAUUGAACUCUAACUAGUACUACCUGAGGGACUCCAGCUCCAGAUUUUUCCUCGUGGUUUACUUCUGAAGCCUUCCCCGUGCAAGGCAGUGGACGUUUUGAGACCAGUUUUCUUUCUCGAUGAGUUUCCAACCACAGUUUGACGAGCCCCAUCUGCCCGUAGGGACAGGUUUUAAGGUGCCAGUAACUUGCCUUUGUCCCUUCUGCUGUCAGUAGAAACAGCUCCACUCUCUACGUCUGAAAUCUGACAUGAUGAAUUGCCAGAGAAUUAAUAACAAGGAGACAUAAUUCACCUUCUGUCAGUGUGGGAAGAGAUUCACUCACUCUGCCGACCUGCAGACACACCAAUAAAUUCAUAAGGGAGAGAAACCAUUCAACUGUUCUGUGUGUGGGAAAAGAUUCGCUCGACCACCUGAUUGGCUGACACACCAGCAAUUUCACACUCAGGAGAAGCCGUUCAUCUCCUCUGAAUCCGGGAAGGAGUUCACUCAGUCAUCCUACUUACAGACACACCAGUGAGUUCACAGUGGGGAGAUACCAUUGACCUGCUCAGACUGUGGGAAAGGAUUCACUCACUCAUUCCACCUACAGACACACCAGUUGGUUCACACUAGGGAGAUGCUGUUUAUCUGCUCAGACUGUGGGAAGGGAUUUCCUCAGCCAUCUCAACUGAAGGUACAUCAGCGAGUUCACACUGGGGAGAGGCCAUUCAUUUGCUCUGAAUGUGGAAAGGGAUUCACUCAGUCAUCCCACCUACAGACACACCAGUUGGUUCACACUAGGGAGAUGCCAUUUAUCUGCUCAGACUGUGGGAAGGGAUUUCCUCAGCCAUCUCAACUGAAGGUACAUCAGCGAGUUCACACUGGGGAGAGGCCAUUCACUUGCUCUAAAUGUGGGAAGGGAUUCACUCAGUCAUCCCACCUACAGACACACCAGUCAGUUCACACUAGGGAGAUACCGUUUAUCUGUUCAGACUGUGGGAAGGGAUUUUCUCGGUCAUCUCAACUGAAGGUACAUCAGCGAGUUCACACUGGGGAGAGGCCAUUCACUUGCUCUGAAUGUGGGAAGGGAUUCACACAGUCAUCCCACCUACAGACACACCAGCGAGUUCACACAGGGGAGAGGCCGUUCACCUGUUCUGUGUGUGGGAAGAGAUUCACUCAGUUAUGCCAUCUACAGACACAUCAGUCAGUUCACACUGGGGAGAAACCAUUCACAUGCUCAGAAUGUGGGAAGGGAUUUACUCAGUCAUCUCAACUGAAACUACAUCAGCGAGUUCACACUGGGGAGAAACCAUUCACCUGCUCAGACUGUGGGAAGGGAUUCACUCAGUCAUCCCACCUACAAAUACAUCAGCGAGUUCACACUGGAGAGAGGCCUUUUACUUGUUCAGAAUGUGGGAAGGGAUUCACUCAGCUGUGCAAUCUCCAUGCACACCAUUUAGUUCAUACUGGGGAGAAACCAUUCACCUGCUCAGACUGUGGGAAGGGAUUUACUCAAUCAUCUCUACUACUGGCACACAAGUCAGUUCACACCGGGGAAAGUCCAUUCACCUGCUCUGAAUGUGGGAAGGGAUUCACUCAGUCCUCUCACCUACAAACACACCAGCGAGUUCACACGGGAGAGAGGCCUUUCAGCUGUUCUGUGUGUGGAAAGAAAUUCACUCAGUUAUGCAACCUGCAGACACACCAGUCAGUUCACACUGGGGAGAGGCCAUUCAUCUGCUCAGACUGUGGGAAGGGAUUCCUUCGGUCAUUUCAACUGAAGGCACAUCAGCGAGUUCACACUGGGGAGUGGCCGUUCAUUUGCUCUGAAUGUGGGAAGGGAUUCACUCUUUCAAUUCAACUGAAGGAACAUCAUAAAGUUCACACAGGAGAGAUGCCAUUCACCUGCUCAGACUGUGGGAAGAGAUUCACUCGGUCAUCCCACCUGCAGGCACACCAGCGAGUUCACACUGGGGAGAGACCAUUCACAUGUUCAGUAUGUGGGAAAGGAUUCACUCAGUCAUCUCAACUGAACGAACAUCAGCGAGUUCACACUGGAGAGAGGCCGUUCACCUGCUCUGAAUGUGGAAAAGGAUUUACUCGGUUAUCCCACCUGCAGACACACCAGCGAGUUCACACUGGGGAGAGGCCGUUCACGUGUUCAGUGUGUGGGAAGGGAUUCACUCACUCAUCCAACCUACAUACACACCAGUUUGUUCACACUAGGGAGAAGCCGUUCAUCUGCUCAGACUGUGGGAAGGGAUUUCCUCGAUCAUCUCGGCUGAAGGUACAUCAGCGAGUUCACACUGGGGAGAGACCGUUCACCUGCUCUGACUGUGGAAAAGGAUUCAUUCAGUCAUCUCACCUAUUGGCACACCAGUCAGUUCACACUGGGGAGAAGCCAUUCACCUGCUCAGACUGUGGGAAGGGAUUUCCUCGGUCAUCUCAACUGAAGGUACAUCAGCGAGUUCACACUGGGGAGAGGCCUUUCAUCUGCUCUGAAUGUGGGAAGGGAUUUACUCAAUCAUCCAACCUUGUGACGCAUUACCGAGUUCACACUGGGGAAAAGGUUUAACUAUCACUGUUGCUGAACCCAGGGGCAAGUUCAAAAGUGACUUUUGGUGUUGAACCUUGCUGCUCAUCGUACCCAGUUCUGCUCCUUGGUCACUGGACAUGGGAGGAAUUUCUUCCCUUAAUGGAGCAGGAGUUUAAUAUUCUGGAUCUGUGACAAAGAAAUCAGUUCUACUUUAAAAUCUGUCUUAGGUACCUAGUGAAUUUAAACACAUCAGGUGGACAGUAGGGAGUCUCUGCCUGUAUUUCUGUUCCACGACAAUCGAUCACUGCUGUUUACCCCUCAUUCACCCUGUGGUGAUGGGUUCCAAACAGUCACCAAUCUGUGGGCGAGAGGUUUCCCCUGAAUUUCCUGCUUGACUUUCUACAGAUUGAAGAAGGUGACGAGUUGACUGCAGUUAUGUCUGACAUGUCCUUUGCCCCUCGAAUCUCUGGGUCGAGGAAUAUUAACAUUGGUGGUUGAGGGUGGGGUGGGGACAAGGUAAAAAAUGACAGAGUAGCAGCAUUUGUAAGGCUGACUGACAGAGAAAAAAAUUAAGUUGACUCUGACUGUUGAUGUACUGCCUGAGUCAGUGGUGGAGGCAGAUACACUAGUGAAGUUUAAGAGACUGUUAGACAGGUAUAUGGAGGAAUUUAAGGUGGGGGGGUUAUAUGGGAGGCAGGGUUUGAGGGUCGGCACAACAUUGUGGGCCGAAGGGUCUGUAAUGUGCUGUACUCUAUGUUCUAUGUGCUGUUACUGCAAGUCAAGUGCACAGGUGCUGAGAGUCCAAAGUUUGUCAAAAGCUGCGCAUCCAUUCAGUGGGCAAAAGGCUCCGAGAAUGGGUGCACUGGACCUCACAGGCACAACUGAGAUCUUGUUACCUAAACCUAAGGAUUGGGACUCCCGACAGAAAAUAUAGUUCCCAGUUUAUCUCACAUGAAGAACUUAAUAAUGUAUCUUUCAGAUAAGUGGAUACAUGAUUUCCUAAUAAUUGAAGUGAAGCAUUGAGAUCUGGUCUGAUGGCCAGAACUAGCUGAUGUCUAUACCUAAUGGAAAUAGUUGAGACAGAGGCCUGAAAGAAAGAACUGUGUUCAAUUUCCAGUUAAUUAAAAUGUCAAUUAGGCUGCACAGGACAAACAAACUCCUUGCAUAGGUUUUGGUUCUUCAGUGAAUCACCUUUGCUGAAUGUCACCUGGUUCUGGAUCCUUCCACCAAGUGAUUUCAUUGUUUCUUCUUUUCUAUGUGAGUGUGUAAGUCAACCAUCACAUUUGGUGCAUCCAGUUGUAAAUUGAAGAGUGACUGUUGGUGUCAGAUUUGGAAUUAUUGUUGCUGUUCAUCAGGCCUGAAACUGAACCCUGGUCUCUGAGUACAGGAGGGGUUUGUUCUGAUGACAUUAGCCUCUAACUAGACUGGAGUUAUAUAUUGUGGAUCUGUCAUAAGUAAAUGAGUUCUAUUUUAAAUUUUGUGUCUCAGAUCUUUGCUGACUCUUCAGCAUACUCAAUCAACAGUAGAGAGGCCAUUCUGUCCCUCUGGUUCCUGCCCGUGUUCCUGUUCCAACUCUUCCCAUCACCCUGUAGUUCUUUGCUCUUUACUGUUCACUCAGCUUCCCCUAAAAUGCAUCCCCUAUAGUGACAGGUACUGAAUGCUCACCACUCUUGAUAAAGUGACGUCACUGAUCAACUGGUCUCUGACAAUUUGCACUUGUUUUUCUUUCAAACUUUAUUCACCUGUGCACAAGGGCAACAGUCCAGCCCAUCAUCAAUCUGCUCAGUGAUCAAUUUUAUAUCAAUAUUAACCAAUUGAAAUCUUGUGCAUCUUCUAAUGUCUUAAUUACAUACAUAGAAUACUUAUCAUGAUAUAUACUUCCAGGUUGUAAUGAACAACAAAACUAAAUGCAAUUUACUCAAAAUGCUGGAGGAACUCAGCAAGUUAGGCAGCAUCUGAGGAGUGGAAUAAACAAUCGACUUUUCAGGCUGAGGCCCUUCAUCACCCGCUCUCUAAGUCUCUGUAUUCCUCCUUCCUCCCCUAAUCCUCUUCCCAUCUUAAGAUCACUCCUUUACCCCCAGCUUCUGGUCAACACUCUCACCAGUUCCACACAUCAAAGU